ACCGCUGCUAGCUGUGUUUCUCGUAAUUUUGCAAUUCUGAACAAAAAUGUCGAAUAAACAGUUGAUCAAGAGUAAAAGUGGGCUUCGUAUGGUAUCCACAUCGGAUGCAGAUCGUUCCCCAUUCCUUCUAGAGGAGCCUCAUUGGGAAGACGAUGCCCUGUUUCCAAACUGCGUCAAAUGUAACAUCAAGUUUGACUUUACUCAUCGAAGGCACCAUUGCCGACGGUGUGGUAGAGUCUUCUGCAACAAUUGCUGUGAUAACAAAGUGAUGCUGGAGAGACUCAGCUUCGUUGAUCCUGUCAGAGUCUGUGAACAAUGUUCUCAUGUUGCAAAGAAAGAGGAGGAGUUCUUCAGCAAACAUCUCAAACUACUUUGCCAUGGUGCUAAAUUUAUUAUAGAUGACUCAGCUCCACUGACGUUUGUUUGUAAACUGGAAAACAAGACACACAGGACCAUUCUAUUUGAAUGUGAUGGUGAUGCUCACCACGAUCCAGUUGCUCUCAUCUCCCUUGUGUCUGUGCAGCUUAUAACAGAGAAAGAAGGCGAACAUAUAAAUGGAAUUGUCUUGAAAUAUAAAGAGCAGGGAAAUGUCCUUGAGGUACAUCUACAUGCCGUCUUGUCACCAGAAGCUGAAAGAAGACAUUCACUUGCUUGGAUUGCUGCCAUGCAAAGAGCAAUAAAAAUGUUAUUUGAAGUGGGAAGUUAAAGGUACUUACAGUCACAAUAUACCAAGGAAUUUUAAUGAAUCAGUGCUGAUAUCUGUAGCAAAUCACAAUAAUAAUUACAAAUAUCUUAAACAGCCUCUCUAUUUCAGAGGAGAAAUGUUCAUAUAGUUUCUCAUAGUAGAAGUUUAUAAGAAAAGAAGAAAAUAUGUCCAGCAAGAAGUUAUUCCUUUAGUGAUCAUCUUAGGUCAAAUAUAGAUGAAAUAAUCUUAAGGUGAUUUAGAUUUCAGCACUAAAUCAUGCAGGAUGAUUAUAAGAAUAAAUACAGCAUUGUUACACAUUGCUUUUUUUUCUUACAACUGACCACCUCAUAAGGCCGAGAUAUUACCCUUGUAUCUCAAAAUGAUGCAAUGAACCUUGUUAUUAAUUUCAGAAGUCUAUAUUGCAAGAUGCAAUUUAUAAAAAAUGCAUUCAUCUUACUUACAGAUGGCACCAGAACUUGAAAAUUUUCAGCAAUGCUUAUUGCAUCAUUGUUACAGUAUGUCACAGAAUUGACUUGUAUACUAUAAGUAUAUGUAACAGGACUCCAUGCUGUCCAAUUAAGAAAUAAUUGGAUGAGGAAAAUUCUGAGGACUGUCAAAAUUGGAUGAGGCCGUAGGCCGAGUCCAAUUUGGCAUUCAGAGGAAUUUUUCGAGUCUAAUUAU